AUGGAAUAUGCGACCAGAAUUGUAAUAAUCCGGUCUGCGGGUACGAUUUUGGAGAUUGCGGGUACUGCUCUUCAAAUUGUAAAAGUUAUUUUAGGCUUCCAAGACAAUUUAAAUGCAAAUUGCUCAGAAUCUUGUAAUAAUGAAAAUUGUUAUUAUGGUUUAGGAAUUUGUAAAGAUUGCUCAGCGGGUUGCAGCAGGGAAAUGCUUGGAGAUGGGAUUUGUGAUAAAUUUUGCGAUGUUUCUUCUUGUAAUUAUGAUUUUGGAGAUUGUAAUAAUAAUCAAUGUAGUUCAGGAUGUGAACUUUGAAUGAUAGGAGACAAUAAUUGUAAUCAAGAGUGCAAUAAUCUCGCUUGCAAUUGAGAUAGUGGAGACUGUGACUGUUCCCAAGGCUGCCGUUCAUAUAUGAAAUCUAAUGGAGUUUGUGAUGAAGCUUGUGAUAAUUCAGCUUGCGAUUAUGACGGAGGAGAUUGUCAAAAAUGCGCUCCUGGGUGUUUAAUGUCUAUGCUAGGAGAUGGAACAUGUAAUGCAGCUUGUAAUGUAAAUGACUGUAAUUAUGAUAACUAUGACUGUGGCUGCGCUGAAGGCUGCGGUAUAGAAAGUUAUGGGCAAUGCACAGAUUCUUGCAUGAAUUCUAUGUGCAGAUAUGAUACUAUUAGCGAACCUUCUCAAUGCCAAAACACAAACCAAAUUUUAUUCGCUUUAUAUUAUGGAUUUAUCUAUAAAAAUAUUAUUACAAAUGUAAGCCCAGAUAACUGUACGAAUACUACAAGCUGCUUGUCUACUGAAGUCCUUGAUCCAAGCUCUUGCCACUCAAAUUGCAAAUCAAAAAAUUGCAUUUAUUCAUGGAAUAAGUGUACAACAUAUGCUUGCUAUGAUUCUAACUGCUUAAUUUGCAACUCAAAAUCCGCAGGAGAUUGCUUUAGGUGCAACUCUCAAACUUAUCAAUUUUAUGGAUAUUGUCUUACUAGGUGUCCAGAUGGUCAUGAAGCUGUUACUAUGCUUGGAAAUUAUUCAGUUUGUAUGAUUCCUAAUCUAACCAUUAGUAGCAGAUACAGUUUUUUACCAUGGAUUAAUACUAUAAAAUUAUCAAAGAAUUCGCAAAAUAAUUUAAUUUAUAAGCUUAGCUUUUAGAGAUUGCACAUAAAAAUAUUUAUAUACAAGAAAUUUUUCUUUCUCUGAGAAGGAUUUCCCAUGUAAACUUUUCUGAUAUUUUCUAUCGCAGACAAAUGGGAGUAAGGAUUACUCAACAAGAGAUAAUCCAGCAAUUUUUUAUGUGACUUCAAAAAACAGCACUGACAUAUAUGGAGGAAAUGGAACUUUAGCCAACCCAUUCACUACUCUUGCUGUCGCUUUAGCUUCAAUUUAUAACAAAUAUGCAGUUGUUUAUUUACUUAAUGACGGAGAUCAUUAUUUAAUCUGCGUGAACACCUCAAACCCUGUAUACUGAUUAACAAAUGACGUCUGUAGUCCUCUAAUCAGAACCUUCACCAUAAAACACCUUCUAAUUACUUCUUACUCCUUCUGAGAUUAGCAGAACAAUAGGAAAUCCUAUUUUUGAUUAAAAAUAAGCGAACCUUUUGAUGAAAAAUUAUUUUUUAUCUAUAAUAAUUAGUUUAAUUAAAUCUCGAGACAAUCUGUUUAACUUUCAAAAGGUUGCAUUUUAUAAUUAAUUAAUUUUUCAAUUUCCAAUUUACUCGAAAAAGCCCAUCCAUGAGUCGGGGAGUUAUGAUAAUUCCAUGAUUGUAAUAAAGAACAGGGCAGAUUGAAAACUUCUUUUUUUUACUGUGCAAAAUUAUAUGACACUUGUAAUAAGAAAUAUUGCUUUUAACGGAAAAGACCUUACCUCAGGCUGCCCAUCCUCAUCAGCAAACCCUUAUUGUACUUAUUGCGCAAAUAUCACAUUAGGUUCUGAUGGUUACUAUUAUAGCGAUCAAGGUGUUAAAGUUACUAGUUAUGUGCCUUCAACAUUCUGCACUAACACUUAUCACACUAAAGCAUUUAUUAAUGUGACAAAUGCCAAUUUAAUUUUGGAAAAUGUAAAUAUAUCUGAUUUUAGAUAUGAGCAUAGAUCACUAAUCUAUAGUUCAGGAGGAAAUCUUACAUUUAAAAAUGUAAAUUUUGAUAAUAUAAGAUGCUUUUGACAAGUAGUUACCACAACACAGCCUGGACAAACACCUACAACACCAACCAAAAAUUCACUAUACCCAUUACAGAGAGUAUAAACCCUCCUAUUAGUUAGCAUUAUUAGCAGGAAAGAUUUUAUUUAUAGUAUUUAGGUAUAAUUUAUUUCUUGGAUUGUGGAGACCCUAAUUAUAAUUGUGGAAGUUUUGAGUAUACAAAUGGAGUAGUAUCAAGGCUUAAUAAUGGCUAUGAGUAUGGGUCAGCCCAGUAUUCAGGAUUUUUAAAUGUAGAAAAAGUCAGGACUGUCAAGCUGAAAAAUGUGACUUUUGUUAACAAUAUUGUGUAUACUCCAUAUGUGGACUCUAAUAAUUAUUCACUUGUAAAACUCGCCCUAUUUAGGUCAAUUGAAAUUUCUCAUUGUGUUUUUGAUAAAAAUAUUGCGAAUUAUGGGCUUAUUUAUUUGUUUCCGACUACAUUGACGUUUAGAGACGAUGUGAAUUCUAAUGGAGAGCUAAUUGAUUUAUUGCUAUAUCAUGUUUAUAUAUAGCCCCUGAAAUAUUUUAGAUCAUUAUUGGCCAUCCAUUUUAAUUUUCAAAUUAAUUUGUCCUUGUCAGCUUUUUUGAAAAGUAAAUACGAAAAUGACAAGUCUCCGUUUAUGGUUUUAAGGUGCCUAAUCAGACUUAUACUGUAAGGGGGAGGUGCCCUGUACCAUAUUUUUUUUCUGGUCGGUAUUCUGCUAGGGUAUAGAGAUCUAUUAAGGUGUAUGAGCUAUACAUGAUACGACUUUUAAAAAUAACUUUGGAUUAAAUACAGGGAUUUUGUCAAUCAGCUAUCUGGCUCAGCUACAGAGGAUUUUAUUAGAAAAUUUGGUUAUAGAUGGAAAUGGAGUUCAAUCAGGACCUUUGAUAUCAAUCAAUAACAAUUAUUACUCUUCUCAAUAUUUCGAUGAUACAAGAGUAAUUGCCAGUGAUGCCAAUGGAAAUGUAUUCGAAGCAAUAUUCAAGAAACGAGAUUUUAUAUUUAAAGAUUCUAUUAUUACAAACAACUACUCACUCUCCACUACUAUAAUAAUUGCAUUUUUUAGCUGUUAACGAUGCGCUUAUUUUUUUUAUGAAUAAAUAUAUAUAUUAAAAAAUGUUUUCAGCAUUCUAGAAAUUUAAUUUGCUAAUAUUGGAAUGAAUCAUUAAUUUAUAAAAUUAUACAUAAGAAAAAGGCUUUCUGAAAUAAUAGAAUAAGCUAAAGAUUUGUUAUAUAAUCAUCAUUAACUCCAUAAAAAUUGAAUUUUUCCAUAUAUUGCCUGCUCAACUAGGAGAGUCAGGAGGAAAUGGAAUUUUCGAUAUUAAUCAACUAUUCAAUAUAAGAAUGCAAAAUCUCACUAUAGUAUCCAAUGGUAGCACAGACACCCAGAAUAUCAAUACAAUUAUAUGAAGCUAUUUUGUAGCUAAUAGCGAUAUAUAUACAAAAAAACUCGUCCGAAAUCCAGUUAAUAUAGAUUGUCUUGCUUUAUCAUAUGCUUCUUAUUGCUAUAAUUAUGAAUUAUCAGAAAGUACGUUUAAAAGCAAUACCUGUAAAGCUGGAUCUCCAUCAAUAAAUUAUAUACAGGUCUGAAAUACAAAUAUUAACGAUUGCACUUUUGAAGAAAAUACAGCCAGCUCUUCUUAUGGAACUUGUAUAUAUUCUUUAGGUUCUAUAGGCAUGUGAAUAACUAAUUCAAAAUUCAAUAAUAAUACAAAUACCCAUGAGCAAGGAAUUGGAGCUUUGUGCCUUAUUGAAAGCUUAGCAAAUACAUCUAUAGAAAAUACAGUGAUAUCAAAUAACUCCGCAAGCUAUAAUCCUGGAAUUUAUUUUAAUGGUGAUUUAUUAAUGCUGAAUAAUGUAACUGUGGAUUCAAACAUAGCAAGUUCAGGGCUUGGCGCUGUCUAUUUUUCAGUAUAUACAGGAGCAGACACUCAUGAAAUUGAUAUAAAAAAGUCUAUUUUUAAAGACAACAGAAGCCUCGAUACUAAAGGGGGAGCUAUAUUUAUAUCAGGCAACAUAUUAUCGCAAGAUCCGAUUUCUUUAUAUGUGAAAGAUAAUUUGUUUAUAUCCAAUUGAGCACCAAGUGGCUCAGCAAUAUAUAUUGAUAAUAGUGUAGCUCUUUCAAAUGACUCUAUUAUAGAAUCCUGUACAUUUGUCUACAAUACUGCUGAAAUCAAAGGAACGAUCGCCAAUUUAUUUCAGUAUGGUAUUCUAAAUAUCAUACAUUAAAAUGGUGUGGGCGAACCAACCAUCCUUUAUAUCUAUAGCUGGAGAAAAUAGGGAACUUUUGGAACCGUUUGUUAAUGUGUAUCCAUUCAGAUUUCGCUGCUAGAAAAUUCAAUUUUUUCUAAGGGCAGCCAAAUCAGACUAGAGCACGAUGACGCAUCCCUCUGCACUCCUGAUAGUGUGCGAGCUCAUUUCUGGCUUAAAAUAUAGACAGACGGUAGUUAGUCGUGAAGCAAGGUGGAGAUAAAUAAACUUUUAGGUAUUACAUGGAGUUUCUCAAUAAUCUAAACUAAUAAAUAAAAUAUUCUCAAUAUAUCGCAUUCUUAUUUUGUCGCUAAUUACGCUGAGCUAGGCUCUGCUCUAUACUUUACAAGCUCAGAAGAGUCAAGCCCUGAUAAAACAAAAAUAGUAUUGACUUCCUGCAUUUUUACAGAAAAUUCAGGGAAAAAUGUUUUAUGCACAGAUGAUAUGACAGUUUAUUCUUAUAUUGAGACAGUUAGAUGCAUUUUCCAAAAAAAUGAAGGACUCGCGAUAUCUCUUGCCCAUAGCUAUUGAAAAGAUACUGAAUCUAUUAUAGCAAACUCAACAAUAACUGCAGGGACUGUUUAUUUAACCUCAAAUUCAACAGCUGAUUGCGAGUUAACGAUAUUUACUAACAAUACUUCAACAAAAUACGCAGGGGCAAUAAGGGCUGAAGGCAAUUCAUAUUUUCAUUGCAACCAAUGUAAUUUUUUUCGAAAUAGUGCUCAAUAUGGAGGAGUCCUUUAUUUUGACCAAUUGUCUUAUUUUUCUAUUGAAAAUUCAAAAAUUUACGACAAUUUUUGUACUGAUAAAGGCGCAGUAAUAUAUAUAAUUGGAUCUGAUGAAAAUUGUGUUUUAAAAAAUUCAAAAUUGUUUAACAACCAUGCAGAAUCAGAAGGCUUGAUUUAUUCGCUUACAUCAAAUAUUCAAAUUGAUAGCUGUCAAAUAUUUGAUAACACUGCUAACAGAAUUACCCCAGGUAUUUAUUUAACUCUUUCUAACGCCACUAUUACAAAUUCUCAGUUCCAUGACCAAGAAGGCAAUUUUGGAAGUUUUGUAUAUUUAGCUUCAGUUAGUGGACUAGUUGUCACAAAUACAACUUUUAUGAAUGGAAAAUCCUCUUCCUCAGGUGGAUCAAUUUAUGCUCUGUCCAGCUCUUUGACUUUAGAAACCAGCCUUUUUGAAAAUUCAGUUUCGAGCUCUGGAAAUGCAAUAUUAGCUUUUUCAACAGUCAUGAGUAUUUCUGAAUGCAAAUUUUUAAAUACAUACAGUUCAGGUUCUGGUGGAGUUAUAUAGCUAAUUGCAUAUUUUGAUAUCUUAAUUUUUUUCUUUAAUUUAAUAUGCAAAUAAUAUAAUUAAAUCAUAAAUAACGUUAAUAAAUAUCAAUUUAGUAUAAAUAUUAAUGGGAAUCGUAUUUUUAUUGAAAAAUCAAUUUUCGAAAAUUUCACCAAUUCAGCAAUUGAUGGAACAGAAAUGGAAUCUUUGACAGUCAUAGAUACAAGCUUUAAAAAUAGCCUAGGGAAAGUAGGAGGAGCAAUUAGUUGUACAAACACUGAGUAUAUUUUUAUUGAAUCCUGCGCUUUCAUGAACAAUACAUCACUUUAUGGUGGGGCUUUAUACUUUGAAAUUAAGUCCAAUAUGAUGAAUCGUCAGCCUUAUGAAGUUAUUUCUUCGGAAUUUAUAAAUAAUACAGCUUCAGCUGGAGGAGCGAUUUUUGUGGAUAGUAUCAGUAUCGAUGUUAAAUCGUCCAAAUUUUGUAAUAACACCGCAAUUAAUUCUUAUAGCAUGCUAGAAUCGAGUAACGAUUCAGGAAUAGGAGGAGCUAUCAAGCUAGGGUGCAGUUAUUCAGGAGAAUGCAAUUUUAAUGUAUUUUCUAAUGAUUUUGUAGGGAAUAUAGCAGAUUAUGAAGGAGGAGCUGUUGUUUGGAAAGAAGUCAUGCCAGAUUUUAAAAACAAUUCUUUUGACGACAAUGAAGCCGAAUAUGGUAGCAAUAUAGCAUCUUAUCCUGUUACUAUGAAAAUUAUGAAUACUAAUUGAAAUGGGGGACUAGAUGAUCUAGCAUCUGGACAGCCAACUACAACCCCACUAAUAAUUAGCCUCAUUGAUCACUUGGGCUCACUUUAAAUGUUCCGUCUCAGCCUGAAAGUAUAUCCGCAAAGUCUUGCCAACUCAGAAAUUGACAGCAAUCCUAGGUAAGCAAUUCUAUGCCGUUUCAGAGUUAUUUUCAAAGUUGGAUUUUACCUGAAAAGAAAGGGAGGGUUCGGGGUUGAAAGGAGAAGCCCAAUAAGGUCUACAGGGAUCAUUCAAAAUCACUUGGGUAAAUAUCUAGCGUGAAACCAGGAAUUAUAUCUUGGCAUUGAACUUUUUCCCAUUUUUUGGAAUUUUGAAGUCCAACCAAAGUAGCAGCUGCAGAAGUGAUAGUCUGCUAACUUAACACUGGAUACACAAGGCAAGGAGGAGGCGCAAGAGGAAGAGUGAACACUUUGGUCGUACUGUGGCAUGAGGAGCUGAAGGAGGGCAAAAUGGUGCUGAUCCAUCUCCUGGGAAAUCAUCUUGUUUCCAAACCCAGAUUACUCCGAUGGUGUCGUAAAGCGGAUGGACCUUUAUAGAUCUUUAGUGACUGCAUAAGCAAUACGCAGAUACCUCUCUAAUAAGAUUAAGAUCACUUGGGCUCAGUUGUUACUGCAGAUUACUCUAGUGUAGGUGAAUUGAUAUCACUUUCACAAAAUGUAAUUUUAUCUGGCGAGCUUAAAGUUACAGCUGUCCGUGGAAUUUUUACUUUUUCUUCGUUUAUCAUUUCCGCAGAGCCUGGCAGCAAUUUUUCAAUAGAAAUUCAAACAAAUGGAAUUGAUGCUUCAAAGAGUAUUAAAGCAAGAGAUGGAUUGACUUAUAACUCAAGUUUGCAUAUAGAUGUAGCUCUAAGAAAUUGUGUUUUAGGAGAAGCGACAGUAGGUGUUAAUUGCAUUGUUUGUCCGAAAGAAUUUUAUAGCUUAGACCCAAAAAAUGAGCAGUGCUUAGCUUGUCCUGAUGAAGCAAUUUGUUAUGGAAAUUACACUAUGGUCCCAAAGCCAGGGUAUUGAAGGUCUGAUAUGCUAAUUCCCUCUUCAGAGAAUUCAUUGCAAAAAGGUGGGUUUCUGGCCCAAAAAUAGGGAUUUUUCCAAUGUUUUUCGCUUAAAGAUGGGAGUAAGCAUCAAAUUUUGGUCCUGCCCUAAUUCAAAUGCUUGCAUUGGCUCUGAUCCACAAAAUAUUUCUUAUACUGGAGAUUGCCGCAUAGGCUAUACUGGAAAUCUAUGCCAAGCUUGUUCCGAAGGCUAUUCUAAAAUAAUGAAAAACGAAUGUCAACAAUGUCAAGCUCUUUCUAUAAUUAUCAUAAAAACGUCAGGCAUUACCCUUGGAUUCCUCAUACUUUGUUGACUAAUGGUCUGAAUGUCAAAAAAUUCUGCAUAUAAACCUAAAUCUCUCUCAAGUAUUUAUAUAAAAAUAUUUAUCAAUUAUGUCCAGCUUAUAAUAUACAUAAAAUGGCGUAUGGCGACCGAUCCGUCCUCCCAGUGACGGUAACUUGUGUAUAUCCGGGCAUGGCUUUCAGGAGAAGCGACUUAGCCCAGCAGUAUCUGGACCCUGGUGGUGACCGGGGACAAACACAGACCCGCUGAUCGUGGCCAGAUCCUAGGGCAGUCAGUAGCAUCUCCUUUUUCCAGCAGCGCUCAAGCCAGUGGGUGCCCGAAAUGGAGCAGGGCGACUUACCUGCUCAAGCUGCUACUGUGGUCUGCCCCGAAUCGCGGAAGCGAUUGAGAAUUUUCUCAAGCGGAUAAGCUGGGAAAAGGGGAAGCAGAUUAGACGACAAACGCGGUCUCUCCAGUUAAAAGGGUCCUUAUAAGAAGGACGACCUGACCAGCCGGAGACAGAGACCUUAAAUACAUAUCGUUAAUUUAUUUAUUUAUGUCCAGCUUAUAUGCUCAUUAAAGGCUAUAUAUAUAGUGAGAUAUCAAUUUCUAAUCUAUUUCUAUAGGAAAUAAUAAAAUAAUAGUAAAUAUUACUAAUCCGAAAUGAUAUUUAAAGAAUAUCUUUAACCACAACUUUUAGUCUAUCUUGGCCAAACUACGUAAAAAGAUUAUUUUCAAUACAAAGCAAUGCAAGCUUUAUAAGUGAUCAAAUCUUUUCGUUUGAUUGCCUUUUAUAUUAUAAUAGAGAAAUCUGGGGAAAGGACACUGAAAUUUUUUAUCAAAAACUAUUCAUAAUGGCCGCUUUACCUAUUUUUAUUCCAUUAAUUGCAGCUAUUUGUUGAGGCUUGGUUUUAAUAUGCAAAAAAAGCUGCAUUUUAUUGAUAAAUAAUAUAGUAACUACUUCAAUUAUAGUGUCAUUCCUGAUACAUCCAACUUUGAUAAAGUAUUAUUUCAGCUCCUUUGAUUGCACUGAGCUUGAUUAUGGUAAAGAUUGGCUUGUUGAUGACUUGAAUAUAAGAUGUUGGGACAGACAGCAUGUAUUUUAUAUAACUGUUAUAGCCAUUCCAGCUAUUAUUUUAUGGGGAGUUGGGAUACCUACUACUUGCUGUUUUUUAAUAAUGAAAAAUAAGGACAGGCUGAAUAAUAUAAACGUAAGGAUCAAAUAUGGGUUUCUAUUCAACGGGUAUAAAUCGAGAAGCUACUAUUGGGAAUUUAUUAUAAUUUACAGAAAAAUUAUAAUUAUUUGCUGCACUGUAUUUUUAUCAACAGUAUCUGUCAACAUUCAAGCUCUUACUACUCUUUUUGUUUUAGUAACCUCUCUAUAUUUCCAAUGUAAGAUAAAGCCUUACAAUGGAGAUGAUUUAAAUAAACUUGAAACUAUUUCUAUUUCGGCUUCUGCAAUAACUAUUUAUUGUGGUAUGUAUUAUUUAACUGAAUCCCUUGAUCAAUUUACAGAACUCGUAUUUUUCAUUGCUAUUGUUUUAGCGAACUCAUAUUUUGUUAUUUACUGGGGCAUUAAAGCUGGAAGUGCCUAUAUUUCUAUGAUAGCUCAAAAAAUCCCAUUUUUUAAGAAAAAAUUACAUUCUCAAAGCUAUAAUAUUAUGAGCGACUCUACCUUUAGGGAUGAUAGAAAUAGUAGAAUUGGAGAAUCUUCUCGCAAUCUAAUUCUAAGCUCUCCUAGAAUAGAAUAUUUAAAACAGCAAGGUAUAAGUUUUAAAGAAAUUAGCAUGAUGCAAUUAUUUGUAGGAACUUUGAAAGGAAAUACAUCUAUCUGGGGGAAAAGAGCUGAAAACAGUAUUGAAAAAGACAGCAUUGAAGAUAGCGAAAUUGAAAAGAAAAGUGAAGAAAGUGAUAUUGAAGAAAUAAAUAUAGAAGAAGUAAAAUUAGAUAAAGAAAAUCAUUAUGAAGAGAAUAGUCAUGAAGAAGUUAAUGAAGAAGAAGUAAAAAUUGAAGAAGAAGAAGAAAUUGAUUUCGAUCGAGUUGUGAUUCUUGAUUCAUUUUUAAAGAAAGAUUCAUCGAAUGAUUUAACAAUAGAUCACGAUUACAUAUAA